CCGACCCGAUUUUGGAUCCUCUUAGGCUCUUACAUUUGAGAGAGAACUCUUCAUCAAUCAUCAACCACAGUUUCAAAAGCGCAAAAGAAGAAGAAUUCUGCAACUCUUCCCGCCAUGGUGAUGGACAGAGUGCAAUGCUCCUACGAGCCCUUGGAUGAACCAUUCGAGAUUGGGAAAGAGAUGUAUCGAGGACAACAAUACAGCCAAAUCUACUUCGCUCGCCUUCACCUGAUGCGAACACUCUUGCACUCUCUUGUCCCGCAUUUGAAACCCAAUCUUCCUGUAUGCACAGUUUUGGGAUUGGAAGAACAAGCGGGCAAGGAGUGUGUCAUUGUUGGAACUCUCUAUAAGCAUAUGAAGCUCAAACCUUGCAUACUUGAUGAGUAUUCUAAGGAGAGAUCGGCUGUUCCACUUGUCAAGCCACAUAACUUCAUGCACCCAGAUGACCACCUAAUUUUGGAAGAUGAAAGCGGGAGAGUUAAGCUUGGUGGGGAUCUCAUUUCACCUUCCGUAUACGUAACAGGAAUUGUGGUUGCUGUACAUGGAAAGGAAACAGAGGCUGGUGAAUUUUUGGUUCAGGAUGUUCUAGAAGCUGGCUUACCACCACAAAUAGAAUUUCCACUUAAAUCAAGGGAAGACAAAUACGUUGUUUUUGUGUCAGGAUUAAGUAUUGGGAGCAGCAACUCUAAUCCUCUUCAGUUUCAGCUUCUCAUUGAUCAUAUUACUGGGCAUUUAGGAGAUGAGAAGGAAAAAAGUAUUGCGUCACAAACUGUUCGCGUGGUCAUUGCUGGAAAUUCUGUUGAGAUACCUAGUGGACUUUUUAAUGGACAGAAUAUGGGUUCAAAGGAUCUGUCAAGGAUAUCUGAACCAAUAAAGGAGCUAGAUAUUCUGUUGAAUCAGAUUGCUGCUGGUUUGCCUUUGGACAUAAUGCCAGGGCCCAGUGACCCUUCAAAUUACUCAUUACCACAGCAGGCGCUGCAUAGAUGCCUUUUCCCUGGGUCGUCAGCAUAUAACACUUUUACAUCUUGUACAAAUCCUCAUAGUUUUGAGCUUGAUAAUAUCAGGUUUCUUGGGACAUCAGGUCAGAAUGUAGAUGAUCUCGAAAAGUAUUCAGAGGCAAAAGAUAAACUUGAAUUCAUGGAGAGGACAUUAAGAUGGAGGCAUUUGGCACCCACUGCACCUAAUACCCUUGGGUGCUAUCCUUAUACUGAUAGGGAUCCUUUCUUCAUCGAGAGCUGUCCUCAUGUGUACUUUAUUGGCAAUCAGGAUAAAUAUGACACUCGUGUGAUAAAGGGAUCAGAAGGGCAGUUGGUGAGACUCAUAUGUGUUCCUAAAUUCAGUGAAACUGGAGUUGCUGUUAUGUUAAAUCUGAGGGAUCUGGAAUGUCAUGCUCUCAGUUUUGGAACCCAGUUCAGCUCAUAAUGCAUAAUGUCGUUGGAAAUUUGUUGAUAGCGCUGCCAUCCUUGUCUUCGGAGCUAAAGUGAGGAACUGAAAGUUAAGUUGACAUGGGCUGUCUCUGCAUUUCUUCUGUGUAAAAUAAGUUGACUUGCAUGUGUAAUUUUCUAACUAGGAUUCAAUGUAGCAUAGCAUUUACACUUGUGUAUUUACAUUCAAUGUAGCACUGCAUUAGAUAGUCAGAACAUUUCAAUUUUGAAUCAAUCAAUGUUUUUCUCUUUUCCGAAUAUUUGUAUUUUGAUCAAUGUUGAAGGUAAAUUCUAGUGGAGUUUGCUUAGGAAA